CAUUGUCCCAUCUCUUUCUCUCUCCCUCUUUUCCCAUCUCUCUCUCUCUCACUCUAGCCAUGGAAACAGAAUUACAAGGACAGGAGAAAACCGGGAUCACCAUUGAUGGGAGUGGUUGUAUUAAGGCCGUGUUUGGCAAGAUUAAGGCCACGGCAUUAGACUUAGCCAAGGAAACAAAAAAGGUAGGGCAAGAUGACCCAAGAAGAAUCAUCCAUUCCCUUAAAGUGGGGUUGGCUCUCACAUUGGUGUCAUUCUUCUACUACGCUAGGCCUUUGUACAACGGCUUCGAGUCCUCGGGCAUGUGGGCUGUCAUGACUGUUGUGGUUGUUUUUGAAUUCACAGUUGGUGCAGUACUGUCGAAAAGCUUUAACAGAGGUUUCGCGACAACACUAGCUGGUGCUCUAGGCGUCGGUGUAAACCAAUUAGGAUCCCUCGUUGGAGAAAAAGAAGAACCCAUUAUUCUUGGCUUAUUCGUCUUCUUAAUAGCCGCAGCAUCUACAUACACGAGGUUCUAUCCGCACGUCAAGGCGAGAUACGACUACGGGGUGUUGAUAUUCAUAUUGACAUUCAGUUUAGUAUCGAUCUCCGGAUACAAAGUUGACGAAAUCGUAGAGCUUGCCCAUAAAAGGCUAUCCACCGUUUUGCUCGGGUGUGCGAUUUGUAUAAUCAUCUCCAUAUUUGUUUGCCCUGUUUGGGCUGGUCAAGAUCUUCACACUCUCGUUGCAACCAACCUGGAAUUGCUUUCCAACUGCCUUGAAGGAUUUGGAAGUGAUUAUUUCGGAGUUUCUAGAGAUGGAAAUAGCACGAUGGAGCCCAGGGAAGUUGAGUCAUCCAUUCACGGUUACAAACAUGUCCUCAACACAAGAACCACGGAAGAAUCCUUGGCAAACUUUGCACGGUGGGAACCUGGCCAUGGGAGUUUUCUUUUUCGUCAUCCAUGGAAACAGUACUUGGAGAUUGGAGUCCUUACUCACCAGUGUGCUUACCAUAUUGAGGCUCUCAGCGUCUACUCGAAUUCUGAGAUUCAGGCACCACCAGAGUUGCACCGAAAAAUUCAACAACCUUGCAUGAAAAUGAGCUUGGAAUCCGGAAAGGCUUUGAAAGAACUAGCCUUGGCCAUCAAAACUUUUGCACCACCAUCUUCUGUUGGUGUACAUAUAGAGAGUUCCAAAAGAGCUGUGGAUGAACUCAAAACAGUCCUGGAAGCAGUCUCAAGAAAGGGAGAUGACCUCCUCGGAAUGAUACCAUCCCUUGUCGUUUCAUCUAUACUGACCGAUAUUGUAAAAUGCGUCGAAAACAUUGAUGAGUCCAUCCAUGAGCUUUCCCGACAAGCACGAUUCAAGAAUGCUGUUGUAGGGACCGUAUCACUGGAUAAGCCUGGGUUACUCCACCAUGGAAUCGUAAAGUUGAUUAAUGGCCAUGAAGGCGAUGGGAACCAUGUUAUUGUUAGCGUACAUGGAACAUCAUCAGAGUAACCAAAAUAACUGUAGUGUAAAAAUACUAGUAGUAAUUAUUAGUUGGUAAUGGCAAAAUAUGAUAUAGAAAUAAGAGUAAAAAAGAGAACCUUUAUAUUUUGCCAUAUGGUAAGCAACUAAUGAAUUUGCUUGUUCUUUCUUAUGUUACUUUCUUAAUAAAGUACUACUUGACUCUAUAUUCCAAAAUAAAUCACUUGCGUCUUGGAACUUAUAUACUCCAGUGGAGUAAGUAAAUGCAUUGCAAACCAAUUUGAAGUAGACUUGCCUCGGCAACUUAAAAAAUUUGACCCUGAUGAUGUGUCUGCAUCUUGCAUGGAAUAUUUGCCUAUUACGAAUGUGCAUUGAAUUUUUCUUUUUGGAUGUUUCUUAUUGUGUUUAGACUUCUAUGGCAAGGGUUUGAUUCUGUUUAUUAUAUAGAUACCUUGUGCUAUUUUAUAGGUAAGUCUUUAGAGCAUCCACAGUAAUAAUAAAAAAAAUAGAAAAUCAAAAGUUGCCACAUCAUCUUUUAGUUAUCCAUUUAAGAGGUCGCUAAGGUUAGUAAUGUACAUGCCCACAAUGACACAAUCAAAAUUGAAUAAUCAAACUUGCCACAUCACAUUUCAACCUAAAAAAAUCUAAAAAUUGUCAAUGUAUAAAAUAUAUAUUUUUAAAAUAGUUU